UAGGGUAAUGUGAGCCCUAGCAACCAGCCUGCAUAAAUCACAAACAGGAAAUUGGCCGAAUAAAAAAGCUAUACGUCUGCUUCUAAAGAAACAGCUCCAGCCAACAUAUAACAAAACAUUAGAUCAUUGUCCGUAGCAAGGGGAUUCCCUAAAUAUCUGUUUUGAAUGUAAGCAACAGAGAGAAACAGCAGCCUCCUCCAAAGACCUAAGCGAAGACUAAGGACUUCCCGAUAACAAGCGUGACUACGUCAGAUUACUAUAGAUGUAUCCGCCCCCGGAUAGAGAAGCUUUAGCGUACUAUAGAGAGCAGGCUGGCGGUAUAGAUAAUACCCGGAAGUGAGGCGAAAGCGUUCUAACUCCCUAUUGGUGGGAAAGGGGAGCUUACUGAACUGAUAUUAGGCUGUGUGCAAAUGUUUUGAUAACGUCCUGACUUCACGUCUGCUGUGAUUAUUCGUUCCGUAUCAAUAGUCCCAGUAUUUUUGCUGCCAGUAUUUUCCUUAAUAAGCAAGAAAAAUGAUGAUCGAGGUUGUUUGUAACGACCGGCUGGGGAAGAAGGUCCGAGUGAAAUGCAAGUAUCCUUUCAGAGCUGUAAGAUCAACACGAUGCUGUGGAGGCGCAGUUUUACCUCCUUGACUCUUCUCUUAAGCUCGGAUGACACCAUUAAAGAUCUGAAGAAACUCAUUGCAGCGCAAACCGGGACUCGGUGGGAUAAGAUUGUGCUUAAGAAAUGGUACACGAUAUUCAAAGACCACGUGUCAUUAAGUGACUAUGAGAUUCACGAUGGAAUGAACCUGGAGUUGUACUACCAGUAACUUUCCCUUCUCCUGCUGUCUCAGCCCACGACCUCCAGUCUGUCAGACUUCUCUCCCCUGCGCACUUCCCAGGGAUCCUCCAUUUGAAUCGGGAUCAUACAAGUAGGCCGCUGCAGAGAUGUUUUGUUGUUAAAACACAUUAUCAUAUUUAUCUUGCAUACGGGAUGGACUUGCCCUUUAUGUGAAGGGAAGUGGCUCAUCUUUUCAUUGGAAAAUGAUAGUUAGCAAACAAACUUUGUUUUUUUUUUUACUGUAAUAAAAUGUUAAAUUGA